GGUUGUUAAACCCUCAAGUAAUUAGGAAGCUGAAUUAUUUGUCCCAAGAAAAAAAGCACCUUCUGUGCAAUUCAUGGUACUGGAGUAUUUAACAAGCGUGAACGUUAAGGGUGCAUCAACCAUGACAAUUUUAGAAACAAAAGCGUUGCGAGCAAAGAGUUUCACAACAGUUGCUUUAUAAUUCCUCUUGAAGACACUACUGUACUUUGGGAAUAUUGUUACUCGAAGAUUGAUUUAUUGUUACUUCAAGAUGACUUUCAAAUCACUGCUGAAUUUUGGAUCUUUUGGCGGAAGCUCAACACCAUCUGUGGAUCGAUAUCACUCAGGGUCCGGUGAUUAUGGACAUUAUGAACAUGGUUGGAGCCACGGAGGUCACAAAGGAAAGGGUAGUAGUGGCGGGGCAGCCCUGAGUGCACUGACUUUACUCGCUUUUCUAUUUCUCAUAAACGUAAUGCAGCAAUCACUUGAUAACAACAAUGCAACAGUGUCAACUGUUCUCUUUCGUGAUGGUGAACAAACUUUAUCUACCAGUGCUAGAGGUGAUGAAGCUCCAACAAAAAUCAUCACUGACGAUUCCAUGUCAGCUAGCAAGUAUGUGCCGAUAAAAACAAGUUUACAAAUUGUUCCAAGUAAAACUCGAUAG